UUAUCGGCAUUUUCUUCGCUGAUGAAUUGAUAGUACUCCGGUCCGGGACGCUCGCAACUCGCAAGAACAACGUACACGAGUGCCAAGGCCAAGAAAGCAUGGCACCCCCUACCGCCGCCGCCGCCCAUUGCCAAGACCUCCAUGGCCGCGAGCUGCCUCACGUCGCCGUCUUCCCGCUCAUGGCGAAAGGCCACACCAUCCCGCUCCUGGACCUCGCCUGCCUCCUCCGCCGCCGGGGGCUCGCCGCCGUCACGCUCCUCACCACCCCGGGCAACGCGGCGUUCGCCCGCGCCGCGCUGCUGGCCGGCGGCGUAGGCGCCGGUGGUGACGCGGCCGUCGUCGAGCUCCCGUUCCCGGCCGGCCACGCGCCCGCGGGCGGGGAGAGCGCCGAGGGCGUCGCGUCGGCGUCCUCCUUCGCCGCGUUCGCGGAGGCCACGUCGCCGCUGCGCCCGCGGUUCGAGGACGCGCUCGAGGCCAUGCGCCCGCCGGCGGGCCUCCUCGUCGCCGACGGCUUCCUGUACUGGGCGCACGCGUCGGCCGCCGCGCUCGGCGUCCCGAGCGUGUCGUUCCUCGGCACGUCCGCGUUCGCGCACGUCGUCAGGGAUGCGUGCGUGCGAGACAAGCCGGGAGCCUCGGCGCAGGGUCACGACGACGCGUCGACCACCGGUGGUACGUACACGGUGCCUGAGUUCCCCGACCUCCGGUUCUCGCUCGCCGACCUCGUCCCGCCGCCGCCGCCGCCGCUGAUGGAGCUGGACGCCAAGAUGGCGGUGGCCGUCGCUGCGAGCCACGGCGUCAUCAUGAACACCUUCCAUGACCUGGAGGGCCGCUACAUAGAGCAUUGGAACCGGCAGAUUGGACCCAGAGCCUGGCCCAUCGGCCCACAACUAUGCUUGGCCCGUCAAUCUACCUCCGACGCUCAUGCCAGCAGGCCCCCAUGGAUGCUCUGGUUGGACGAGAAGGCAGCUGCUGGAAGGACUGUACUGUACAUCUCGCUUGGGACACUAGCAGUCAUCCCUGAAGUGCAGCUGAAACAAGUGGCUGACGGGCUGGAACGGGCUGGAGUGGACUUCCUAUGGGCUGUGCGGCCCAACAACGCCGACCUCGGCAUGGGGUUCGAGGAGCGUGUGGAAGGGAGGGGAAACGUGGUGAGAGAAUGGGUGGACCAACGAGACAUACUUGGCCACUCAUGUGUUCGCGGGUUUUUAAGCCACUGCGGGUGGAACUCGGUGUUAGAAAGUGUUGCUGCGGGUGUCCCUAUAGUGGCAUGGCCAAUUGAGUUUGAACAACCUGUGAACGCAAAGUUCAUCGUCGAUGAGCUAGGAAUUGGUGUUAGGGUCCAUAGUAGUGAUCGAACAAUUCGGGGUUUGGUAAAGAGUAACGAGAUCACAAGGGUGGUGAGAGAGUUGAUGUUCGGGGAGGAUGGAAUGGCGAUGGCAUCAAAGGCGGCAAAGUUAGCAAGACAAGCUCAAUUAGCGGUGUCCGAAGUCGGAUCAUCGUGGAAAGCAAUCGAGGACAUGAUUAGAGAGCUCUGUGCGACGAGCAAAGCAAGGAAAUCAGUGGAUGGGUUGUCAAAAGGGUCAUCUGUGCUCACGUUAAGACCAAUCGAAGCCCAGCAAGCCUGAGAGAAAGGGCAGUGAAUAAAGAGAUGGGUUAAUGAUUCCUCAACUGUAGAAGGGCAGAGAACACAGUUGUAGUCCGGGAGGAUCAUAUUUUUCCUUUUAUACAGUUCUCUCGUGCUUAAUCUGUCUUUCAUAACUAACCAAAAAAAGACCUUAUGUUUAUUUUGGCAAGCUGAUUUCCAGAGCCAAUUGAAUGCAGCA